UACCUUCAUCCAAGAGCUCUGCGAUAGCCAUUCGUUCCCAUCGCCACAGUUUUACAUACUCAGAAAUACUAGGAAGGAAUCCCAAACUUCAUCAAACCCUCUCACAAAGAUGGCUACUCGCAUUCAGUUCGAAGGCAGCAGUGAGAUCGGGGUGUUUUCCAAGCUUACGAACAGCUAUUGUCUAUGUGCAGUCCAAGGCAGCACAAACUUUUACUCGGCCUUCGAGAGCGAGCUUGGCGAUGUCAUCCCAAUCGUGCACACCACCAUUGGCGGCACACGGAUCGUAGGGCGGCUGACUGCAGGCAAUCGCCACGGCUUGCUCGUUCCUUCAACCACGACGGAUCAGGAGCUCCAACACCUGCGCAACUCGCUCCCAGACGCGAUCGCGAUCCAGCGUGUCGAGGAGCGGCUAUCAGCCCUCGGGAAUGUCAUCGCCUGCAAUGACCAUGUCGCCCUUGUCCAUCCAGACAUUGAUCGCGAGACCGAGGAGAUCAUCGCGGAUGUGCUCAAGGUCGAAGUCUUCCGCCAGACGAUCGCGGACAAUGUCCUCGUCGGGAGCUACUGUGCGAUUACAAAUCAGGGCGGCCUCGUCCACCCGAAGACGAGCGUGCAGGAUCAGGAUGAACUGAGCAGUUUGUUGCAGGUGCCGUUAGUGGCGGGUACCGUCAACCGUGGGUCGGACGUCAUUGGCGCUGGCCUUAUCGUCAAUGAUUGGUGUGCAUUCACCGGCCUUGACACAACGGCGACGGAAAUCAGCGUCAUUGAGGCUGCGUUUAAGCUACAAGGACACACGUCAGCCGCAGUCAUUGGGGAGAUGCGCGACUCGCUCAUCGACACCUGGGCAUGACAGUAUGCAUGUCAUCGAAAGUGAAAGCAAUUUGCGGGCCCCGUAUCAUACCAAGCUCUCGCAUCUGGUUGAUUGGUUAUCUUGCAAGCAGUUAUCAUCAGUGUAUCCGUACGUUGUCAUUGUAGACUUUGAUCACAGGCAAUAUUCGAAUCGGUUCU